UUCGUGUCGGCUUCGUCUCUCUCGAUCGGGAACGAAAAGUUUCUUUUCCACCUCGCACACCGGAGGAGCGUCGAGUUGAACCGCGAUAGUCGGUGUUUCCCUCCGUGUUCACCGCGAUCGCGCGUCCGUCUCGAUUUCGUAUCGGAAUCUCGGCAGUUACGCGGCUCGGCUGCAUUCAAAAAGCGCGGUUCCGCCGGGAGCACCAGAGCACGGUUCACGGCGAAUCGAGUGGUUUGCGUCUCUCGGUGCACAGGGCCGAGAACUCGAUUUUCGCGUUGCGUGCGACGCGUCGCGUGGUCAGUGAUACCCCGCGUCCGGCGCGGAAAACAUGUAAACAAUAAACAGAAACACGGCACCGUUUUGAGAGUCGAGAGAAAGAGAGGAGAAGAGUGGGAAGAGGGAGAAGGAAAAAAAGAAAGAAAGAGAGAAUUCGCCGUUUCGUUUGGUGCUCGGUGCGCGAGAGAUAACAGCGAUCGGUUCGAUAUCACGGACGACGUUCGAUUCUCGAUCUGUCAGCCUCGGGAUCAAGCGCCGCCGAUGCGAAUCCUCGAUCGAUAUCGACGCUCGUGAGAAUGCGUGGCUGAGACCGGCCCAGAGAGAGACCACCACCAUCCUUCUCGUCCUUUCUUUUCUUUUCGCCGCUCGAGCUCUACAAGACGACCCACGAAAGCCCAGAGCCGGCCAUCGAGAAUUCUACAGGAAGAUGCGGCCCGUACUGACAACCUUCUUUCUCGUACCGUUGCUGCUCGUCGCGUGGCAAAACGGCGCGCAGGCCAACUGGUGGUACCUGGGAGUGGAGCCUCGGCUGAAUGGCGGUUCGGGCCAGGGAAGCGGUGCCGACGGACAACCUCAGAUCGUCGGCGCGGGUGUGAUCGGACCGGCGAGCGCCGAAAAGAACUGCAAGAGCGUGCACCUGACCGCCAAGCAGCAGGCGAUAUGCUCCCGCUCGCCGCCCGUCCUGCAGGCAGUCAGCGCGGGCGCGAGAUUGGCCAUAGAGGAGUGUCAGCACCAGUUUAGAUCAGCCAGAUGGAAUUGUUCCAUUAGCCCGGAAAAUCCGGAGAACGUUUUCGGCGGCGUGAUGCUAGUCAACAGUCGCGAGGCAGCGUUCGUGUAUGCAAUAUCAGCGGCGGGGGUCGCUUACAGCGUCACCAGGGCCUGUUCCAGGGGCGAGCUCACCGAUUGCUCCUGCGACAACCGGGUCAGGACACGCCGGCCGAAUAAUUGGCAGUGGGGCGGUUGCAGCGAGGACAUACACUUCGGCGAGAAGUUUUCGCGGGAGUGGUCCGACAGCGGCGAGGAGCCGGUGAAAGACGGUGUCCUGCACGGGCCGAAAGGGCUGGCUGGCCAGCUGAUGAGGAAGCACGAUAGCGAAGCUGGCAGGCGCGCCGUCCGCUCGAGAAUGCAACGCGUGUGCAAGUGUCACGGUAUGUCGGGUUCGUGCAGCGUGCGCGUCUGCUGGAGAAGACUGCCGGCGUUCAGGGUGGCCGGCGCUGCUCUGGCAGCGUUGCACGAAGGCGCAGCACUGGUACGACUGGCGCAACGCGGCGGAAGAAGACCAGCGCGGCUCAGGCCCGCCCGUCCGGAUCUGAAACGGCCGAACAAGACCGACCUUGUUUAUCUCGAGGACAGUCCGGACUACUGCGAGAAAAAUAUCACGCUCGGUAUCCCAGGUACGAGAGGAAGGAUAUGCAACCGGACGUCCCCCGGGCUGGACGGAUGCCGGCUCCUCUGCUGCGGCCGGGGGUACCAGACCAGAGUCCGCGACGUGACCGAGAAGUGCGGCUGCCGGUUCGUCUGGUGCUGCAACGUGAAGUGCGAGCUCUGCCGGCACACGCGCGAGGAGCACGUCUGCAAUUAG